UAGGGGGGGCCCCAAACCCAACUCCCGUCAAACACCCCUAAACCCCUUCCGACGGUGGUGCAGUCUAAAAUUUCACCCACCCACCGAAGCCGCCGCCGUGAUUCUUUGGCAUUGCAGAGGCCGGAGGAGGAGGAACCAGAAAGAAGAACAAGAAGAUGGAGCAGCACAGAGAUUCUAACCUACUGGAUGAAGCGCUAGGUCUUCACAACAACAACAACAGUUUGUGUGGUCGCUUCGUGCUUGUAGAGGACUGUGUUGACACAAGCGCCGCUUUCGUUCUUCACCAUAUCAUCAAACGCUCCCUCUCUUCUCACCCCGUCGUCUUCCUUGCCUUCUCUCACCCUUUUUCCCACUACGACCGCAUCCUCAGAAAGCUUGGUUGCAACUUAGCUGCUCAAAGAGAUAAUAAUAGAUUCUUUUUCAUUGACAUGCUUAUGUUGCAGUGUCCAGAUGAAGGAAAACUGAAUCAUGAUGGGUUUGCUGCUGUAUUUGAGAAGAUAGAAAGAGUGGUCAAGGCAUUACAUCAAGACAACAUGAAAUUUGCCAGUAUCAUGAUAGAUGAUAUAUCUUUUCUUGAGGUUGCUGCUAAUGGCUCUUCAAAUGAUGUUUUAGACUUCCUGCAUUAUUGCCACACGCUAACAUCAGAAUAUGGUUGCGCAUUUAUUGCACUUGACCAUAAGGAUAUUUAUCUGAAUGAAGAGAGGCCUGCCAUUAUCUUAGAGAUGGAGUACCUUGCUGACGUUUUGGUCAAGGCUGAACCAUUGGCCACUGGUUUGGCAAAAGAUGUGCAUGGGCAGUUGAUGGUGUUACAUAAGGAAACACAACAUCAACAUGGGAGUUCACCCUUUAAGAUCCACAAUUUUCACUUCAAGAUCAAGGAAAAUAGCAUCGAGUGUUUUUAUCCUGGCACAAAAAUCUAGUGCCAGCAAAACACCUGCAAAAACAGCUCGUGUAAUCUUGAAAGAGACAAUAAUAGCACAUCUAUUAUGUUGUGUUUUCCUAUGUUUAGAAGAAAGUUCUUAAUUUUCAAUAUGGAAAUUAUUUAUUUUAUCACGGACUUUCAAUGGGUUUUUGAA